AUGAGCGCCGCCGCCGUCGCUAGCAGAGGCCAGCCUCUUUCGCAGGAGAGGGACUACAACCAUGCCACAGACUCUGAGUACAAGCGUCUGAGAGACCUCGCAGACCAGGCUUACAAGAAGCGGCAGCAGCUCUCGCAGCAAUCGCAGAACGCGUACAAGAACGGCGACCGCAGCGGGGCGCACACGCUCAGCGAGCAGGCCAAGGAGCAGCUCCAGGUGGCCGAAAAAUACAACCUGCAGGCUGCGGAGUUCGUAUUCACUCAGAACAACGCCGACAGCUCCAGCAACGAGAUUGACUUGCACGGUUUGUACACCAAAGAGGCCGUGUGGAUCCUACAGAAGCGCAUCGCGGCAGCCGUGUCUGCGCGCGAGUCCGUGCUCAAGGUCAUUGUAGGGAAAGGCCUACAUUCCGCAAACGGAAUUGCCAAGAUUAAGCCUGCGGUCGAAGACCUGUGCCAGCAAGCCAACCUGCCCAACUAUGUGGACUCUAAGAACGCAGGUGUUUUAGUAAUUGAGCUUCAGAACGCCAGCGUGCCUGCUUCUUGGUCGUCCACUGAUUACGCGACUUAUGCACACGGCGUGCCAUCCAAACCACAGGCCAGUCACCAGGCACAACAGCACCAAUACACUGGCCAGCAGCAACCCCAGUACCAGCAACAGCAGCAGUCCCAGUACCAGCAGCAGCAGUCCAACUACCAACAGCAACAGCAACAGCAACAAUCCCAGUCCCAAGCGGGCAACAACGACCUUUUGUCUACGCUCUUGGGCUUGCUCUGCACUUGUGUGCGCAAGAAUCUUUGA